AUGCGCCGCCCUCUCGCCGCCGCCGCCGCCCUCCGCCUCCGCCUCCUCUCAUCCUCGUCCCGCCCCCUCGUCCCCUCGCCCUUUCCACUCCACCACCUCCUCCGCCGCGACGACGACCGCGAGGAUCGACACCCAACGCCCCCGCCUCCGCCAUUCUCGCCCCGCCCGCUCCUCGGCUCCGCAUCCGGUGCCCCCGGCCUCUUUGGCCUCCGCGGGUGGCGGACGUUACCCCCGGCAGCGUCACCGCCACGAAGCACCGUCGCGGACGCGCCCCCUGUCCUGCUCACCAUCUCCCGCAGUUAUUCUUUGCGUGUCGCCAAGACCAAGAAGCAGACACACUUCGACGAUGAGCACAGCCAUCGAGCGGUUAACACGGCACUUUGGUGUAAUUUCCUUGUCUUCACGCUGAAGUUUGGUGUGUGGUUUUCAACAUCUAGUCAUGUUAUGCUAGCUGAGCUAGUACAUUCGGUGGCAGACUUUGCUAACCAGGCUCUUCUUGCAUAUGGUCUGAGAAGUUCAAGACGUGCUCCAGAUGCUCUACACCCCUAUGGUUAUUCAAAAGAAAGAUUUGUAUGGUCUUUGAUAUCCGCAGUUGGAAUAUUUUGCUUGGGUUCAGGUGCUACUAUUGUGAAUGGAGUUCAGAACUUGUGGAGUUCUCAACCUCCCGAGAACAUUCACUAUGCUGCAUUAGUGAUUGGUGGGUCGAUCCUAAUUGAAGGUGCUUCACUUCUUGUUGCUAUAAAGGCUGUUAAGAAAGGUGCAGCAGCAGAAGGAAUGAGUAUCAGAGACUACAUCUGGCGUGGUCAUGAUCCAACUUCAGUUGCUGUUAUGACUGAAGAUGGUGCUGCUGUUACAGGUCUUGCUAUUGCAGCAGCAUCUUUGGUGGCUGUUCAAAUGACAGGAAACCCCAUCUAUGAUCCAAUUGGUUCCAUCAUUGUUGGUAACUUACUUGGAAUGGUUGCGAUUUUUCUCAUCCAGAGGAACAGGCAUGCUUUAAUUGGUAGGGCCAUUGAUGAUCAUGACAUGCAGCGAGUUCUUGAAUUUCUGAAAUCUGAUCCGGUUGUAGAUUCUCUUUAUGAUUGCAAAAGUGAGGUGAUUGGGCCAGGGUUCUUUAGAUUCAAAGCAGAAAUUGAUUUCAAUGGAGUAGUCUUGGUGCAAAAUUAUCUUGAAAGGACUGGACGUGGAGUAUGGGCAAAACAGUUCCGGGAGGCCUCGUUGAGUAAGGAUGAUGCGGAGCUACGAAGGGUUAUGGCCGAGUAUGGUGAGGGUGUGGUGGAUGCUCUGGGAUAUGAAGUGGAUCGGCUGGAGUCAGAGAUACAGAAGAUUGUGCCGGGAAUCAGACAUGUUGACAUCGAGGCGCACAACCCAGACGGUCUUUCAGUUUAG